AUGGCUGGGGGCGUGUGGGGCCGGGCCCGGGGGGCUCCGGUGGGAGCCCUGACCCUGACGGCUCUGGCUGAGGGGAUCCAGGCCAAGCAGGGGCCGCCCCAGGGCCCCCUCUGCGUGGGCUGCCCGCCCGAACCCGAGGCGGAACCUGCAAGUGCCCCUGUGGCCCCCACAGCGGGCAGCGAGCCCGGCUCCCCGUCCUGUGCCCAGGAGCCGGCCCCCGAGGGGCCCCGGCAGGUCCCCCAGAGCUCCUGGGAGGAGGGCGCCCUCGCCGACCUGGCGUUGUACACAGCGGCCUGCGUGGAAGAGGCCGGCUCUGCGGGCACCCAGGCGGCCGCGCUCGCCCUGUCCUCAGCCCUGCAGGCCCAGGGGACGCGGCUGGAGGACCAGGUGCGCGCCCUGGUGCGCGGGCUGCUGGCGCAGGUGCCCAGCCUGGCCGAAGGCAGGCCCCGGCGGGCGGCCCUACGGGUGCUGAGCGCCCUGGCCCUGGACCACGCACAGGACGUGGUGUGCGCGUUGCUGCCCUGCUCGCUGCCGCCCGACUGGGCAGCGGCCGAGCUGUGGCGCAGCCUGAGCCGGAACCAGCGUGUAAAUGGGCAGGUGCUGGUGCAGCUGCUGUGGGCGCUGAAGGGCACCUCUGGGCCGGAGCUGGAGGCCUUGGCGGCCACACGGGCCCUGGGGGAGAUGCUGACCGUGUCCGGCUGCGUGGGCGCCACGCGGGGCUUUUACCCGCACCUCCUGCUGGUGCUGGUCACCAAGCUGCACGAGCUGGCACGGGGCGCCUGCUCCCCUGACACCCCCAAGGCCCCGUUGCACCGAGGGCCACCCCACAGCCACGCCAGCUGCGCAGUGGAGGCCCUGAAGGCCCUGCUCACCGGGGACGGCAGCCGCAUGGUGGUGACGUGCAUGGAGCAGGCGGGCGGCUGGCGGCGGCUGGCCGGCGCCCACACCCACCUGGAGGGCGUCCUGCUCCUGGCCAGUGCCUUGGUGGCGCACGCUGACCACCACCUCCGCGGCCUCUUCGCCGACCUGCUGCCCCGCCUGCGCAGCCCGGACGAGGCCCAGCGCCUCACCGCCAUGGCCUUCUUCACUGGGCUGCUGCAGAGCCGGCCGACCGCGCGGCUCCUGCGGGAGGAGGCCAUCCUGGAGCGGCUCCGCGCCUGGCAGGGCGACCCCGAGCCCACCGUCCGCUGGCUGGGCCUGCUGGGCCUGGGCCACCUGGCGCUGAACCGCGGCAAGGUGCGGCACGCGAGCACGCUGCUGCCAGCGCUCCUGGGCGCGCUGGGCGAGGGCGACGCGCGGCUCGUGGGCGCUGCGCUGGGCGCGCUGCGGAGGCUGCUGCUCCGGCCGCGGGCACCCGUGCGGCUCCUGAGCACCGAGCUGCGGCCUCGGCUGCCACCGCUGCUGGAUGACGCUCGGGACUCGGUGCGCGCCUCCGCCGUGGGGCUCCUCGGGACGCUGGUGCGGCGGGGCCGGGGUGGCCUCCGGGUGGGGCUCCGAGGCCCCCUGCGGAGGUUGGUGCUGCAGAGCCUAGUGCCACUGCUGCUGCGUCUGCACGACCCCAGCCGGGAUGCCGCCGAGAGCUCUGAGUGGACCUUGGCCCGCUGUGACCAGGCCCUGCGCUGGGGCCUGCUGGAGGAGAUGGUCACUGUGGCCCACUACGACAGCCCCGAGGCCCUUAGCCGUGUCUGCCACUGCCUGGUCCAGCGGUACCCGAGCCACGUGGCCUGCUUCCUGAGCCAGACCCAGGGCUACCUCCGGAGCCCGCAGGGCCCCCUGCGCCGGGCGGCUGCUGUGCUCCUGGGCUUCCUGGUUCACCACGCCAGCCCCAGCCGCAUCAGCCAGGGGCUGCUGGACUCCCUGUUCCAGGACCUGGGGCAGCUGCAGAGUGACCCCGAGCCCGCCGUGGUGUCCGCGGCGCAGGUGUCCUCCCAGCAGGUGGCGCUGCUGGCCCGUGCACAGGGCCGACUCCCCGCCCGGCGCCUGGUCCUCCUGGCCCUCCUGGCCCGGCUGGGCCGCCGCAGCCCCCCACCCGCCCGCCCGGCCCCAGUCUAUGCAGACAGCCCCUUCCAACGCCGGAGCCGGGCUGGCCGCUGGGGCUGCCCCGGGCCCAGCUGA